AUGUCAUCUUUGAGAGUUGAUCCCGUUUAUUCAGUAGCGUCAUCAAAUGUUGGUCAGUGCGCGUGUGGACAAGAGUCCAAAUUCAGUAAACAGAACCAUGUAGGUCAUCGAACUGUAAGAAUGGGUAGGAUGGAAAGGACUGCCUUGUGGUCACUAGUUAGCUUAGGGUCAUUCGUUAUUGUUAGUUGUCUGGUGAUGGUGGUAAUCACAAGGAACAAAUUGGAUGCCAUUGCUGAAACCUGUUCUUCGGCUCAUAACGUCAAACAUGCUCCGCAGGAAAUAACAUCAACUGAUAAAGAAAAGGUUGUUGAGGAUGAGAUUUCCACUAGUGAAGACAACCAAAAAGCAGUCAAACGCCAGCUCAAAAAGAAACGUACCCGUACCGUGAGGACACAGACAGAUCAGGUCUCAACUCGAGCUUCACAUUUCGUAGCUGAUAGUGAUGGGUCUUUUGAUUUUCAACAAUUAGAUGUGAGCUGUAUACCAAGGUGGGAUGGCACGUUCUGUAGAAACGGAACCUACUGGAGUAACAAAACUGGACAGAUAAUUAAAUUCUUCGUCGGUGCUGACUGGAUGAAGAAUAACGAUUACGGUAUCCAGCCAGCUCUAGUCCAAUCAUCACCUGGCAUGUUUACAGUGCAAACAGGAGGACUUCAUCUCAUUUAUAUCAAUGUAAUAAUCCGGACAACAGAAGACAAACAUGAUAUUGAGGUUUACAGUGACCAUACCCGCCUGUUACGAUGUAGACAGGGGCUUGAUUAUGUCAGGCAGACGAACGAUAGAUAUCUGUUCUCAAAGACUCGCACUUGCAGCGUUAUGGGUCUUUUCUACCUAGAAGAUGGCGCUGUCGUGACAUUAAGAGUACUACAAGCACGUACAACACUAUCCCUUGGACCAGACAGUACUAACUUUGGCGCUAUUGUAUAUACCACUCAUCCACAGCUCGAUGCCAUUAACGACAUCAGUUAUUUUGGAUAG